GAAAAGAAAGGGCUGUUGUUCAUAUGUACGCAACUGCUUCGCAGCAAAGGCCUUCGAGUUCUUACUAAAAUGAAAGAAAAGUAAGGUGCUGAAAGCUUCCUUGUUGAUCUCGAUGUCAUUUAAGGAAAAUUUUCAUCCAAAAUUACUCCAUUCUCGUCUCGAUUUCCGGCUAAAUUAUAACUCAGAGCUUUCCAGUUUGAAAUGCCCGUCGGGCGGUCUAAUACCAAUCUCCUUAUGUAAAUGCGUUACCUUCGUCAUUGCAUCGGCGAGAAGUGAAAUGGUUUUGGCGAAGAGAAGAUUUCGGUUGCUGCUAUAAAUGAGGUGUUUUCCCUGUUUCAGCCCUCGCCGGAGGGGAAUCGACGGUAGGAUUGAACACGCCCCUCGCUCCGAUUCCACUUCGAGAGUAGCGGUCGAUGCUUCUUCAGGGAAUGAGACGAAUGCGUCAUAUCAAGAGAGCGGGAGGAGAGAAUCCGCGAAAAAGUUCGCCUUUAAGGAUCUCGCCAUGGCCUGCCAGAACUUUCAAAAGACCAGUGUAAUCGGUGAAGGGGGUUUCGGUAGGGUUUACAAAGCGCGACUUGAUACAGGCCAGGCAAGUGAUUUCCCUCCCCCUUCUUCUUCUUCUUCUUCUUCUUUCCUUGUCUUCCUACUGAACAAAACUGAGCCUUUUGAUGCAUCUCGGGGAGCAGAUGGUGGCCAUCAAGCAGCUUGACCAUGACGGUGCGCAGGGAAGUAAAGAAUUCCUGGUGGAGGUUCUGAUGCUGGUGGUGUUGCGGCAUCCGAACCUUGUGAGUUUGGUAGGGUAUUGUGCCGAGGGAGGUGAGCGACUGUUAGUUUACGAGUACAUGCCCAAAGGAAGCUUGGAGGAUCACUUAUUCAAUGUAUCACCAGAGAGACCACCUCUCGACUGGAAUGCGCGAAUGAAGAUUGCUCUUGGAGUUGCAAAAGGGCUCACAUACUUGCAUAAUGUUGCAAACCCACCUGUUAUUUACCGAGACAUGAAGGCUGCAAAUAUAUUGUUGGAUAACGACUUCAACCCGAAGCUCUCUGAUUUUGGGCUUGCAAAACUAGGACCCGUUGGCGACGAUACACAUGUUUCGACAAGAGUAAUGGGAACAUACGGCUACUGUGCCCCUGACUAUGCCAUGACUGGUAAGCUCACUCUGAAAUCUGAUGUUUACAGUUUCGGUGUGCUGCUUCUGGAGCUGAUAACAGGACGACGAGCUUUUGACCCUUUGAGGCCUUAUGCACAGCGGAACUUGACACUUUGGGUGCAUCCCUUUCUCAACCACCGGAAGACAAUUUUGCGGCUGACUGAUCCAUAUCUCCGACACUGCUUUCCUCCACAGGCAUUCCAACAGUUGGUUUACAUAAGCUCAAUGUGUCUGAAGGAGCAGGCUCAUGCUCGGCCGACCAUGACCGAUGUUGUGGCUACCCUAGACGUUGUAGCAUCCCAGCCUUAUGCUCCGGAACCUGCCUUCAUGUUCACAGACAGAGCUCCAUCUUUGAAUCUAAGACAAAAGGGCUAACAAAGACCAAUCACGAGGUAAAAAAGGAUGAUUCCAUAUAGAAGAAUUGUUUGUAGAUUGGACAAUGAAAUAAAACAAAUAUUUAUCAUUAAAUUACUGGCAGUAUUCACCUCUACCAAAUUCAAGAUG